AUGCAGACGCUAGGGGGGUCGUGCCAUGACCUCAUGGUUCUGGCGAGCGGGCAGGGCCCACAGGGACCGGGCGCGCCGCGGGCCCGCGCGGACCCGGGCAAAAUGAUCUUCGUCAGCAACCAGCUCCCGAUCCGCAUGCGGCAAGCCGGCGAGGAGGAGAGCGGGGCGGUGUGCGGGUGGGUGUUCGAGUGGGACGAGGACGCCGUGCUCGCCCAGGCGAAGACCGCGCUCGACGACGAGAACCUGCAGGACCUCGAGCCCGUCUACGUCGGCGCGCUCGCUGUGGAGCUGGAUAUCGAGUGCCAGGAGGCGGUGUCGCGGCACCUGUACGACCGGUAUCGGUGUCUGGCGGUGUUCAUCGGCGACGAGCUCCGGCACCGGCACUACAACCAGCUGUGCAAGCUCCAGCUGUGGCCGAUGCUGCACUACGUCCUCCCCAUGAACCCCCACGGCGCAGGCCGCUUCGACGCCUCCCUCUGGCAGGCCUGCAUCAAGGCGAACAAGAUGUACGGCGACCGGCUGAUGGAGGUGCUGAACGUCGAGACGGACUUCGUGUGGAUCCACGACUACCACCUGAUGGUGCUGCCCGCGCUCCUGCGCAAGCGCUUCCACCGCGUCAAGUGCGGGUUCUUCCUCCACUCCCCCUUCCCCUCGAGCGAGAUCUUCCGCGUCUUCCCGCGCCGCGACGACCUCCUCCGGUGCCUCCUCUCCGCGGACGUCGUCGGGUUCCACACGUUUGACUACGCGCGCCACUUCCUGUCGUGCUGCUCGCGCCUCCUCGGGCUCGAGCACCGCGCGCACCGCGGGUCCAUCAUCGUCGAGUACUACGGCCGCUCCGUCUCCGUCAAGAUCCUGCCCAUCGGCAUCCAGCCCGCGCGGCUGCUGGCCGCCAUGCGCACCGAGGGGUGCCGCGCGCGCGCCGAGACGCUGCGGCGCAGCUUCGGCGACGAGGUCAAGGUCAUGCUCGGCGUCGACGACACGGACGUGUUCAAGGGCAUCGAGCUCAAGCUGCAGGCCUUUGAGUGCCUCCUGCAAGCACACAGCGAGUGGAUCGGCCGCGUGACGCUGCUCCAGGUGCUGUACCCGGCGCGGUCGGCGAGCAAGGACGUGGACGACGUGGCGCAGCUGGUGGACGACAUCGCGGCGCGCAUCAACGACAAGCACGGGUCGGAGUCGUACACGCCCGUGGUGCUCCUGAAGCGCAAGCUGCCGCUGGAGGAGAAGCUCGCGAUGUACAGCAUCGCGGACGUGGCCGUCGUGACCGCCACGCGCGACGGCAUGAACCUGCUGCCCUACGAGUACCUCACGGCGCGGGAGGGCAUGGGGCGCGCGCUCGCGGAGGAGAACCGCGGCGCGGAGGGCGAGGGCCCGACGCGGAACCCGGACGACUCGCACGCGGAGGGCCACUCGCAGGCGGAGCAGAACCUGCCGCCGAUCGAGUCGACGCUGGUGGUGUCGGAGUUCGUGGGGUGCUCGCCGAGCCUGUCCGGGGCGAUCCGCGUGAACCCGUGGUCCGUGGAGGCGGUGGCGGAGGGCAUGUUCAACGCGCUGAAGCUCCCCGAGCGCGAGCGGCGGCUGCGGCACGCCAAGCACUGGAAGUACGUCAGCAACCACACGGUGACGUUCUGGGCGCGGAACUACAUCGACGAGCUGCGGCGGUUCACCGCGGGGCACGGCACGAUGCGCUGCUACGGCCUCGGGCUCGGCCUCGACACCUUCCGCAUGAUCGCGCUGUCGGACAAGUUCCAGCGCCUCGACACGCAGAUGGUGUACAACAGCUACCACCAGGCGGCGAAGCGGCUCAUCCUGCUCGACUACGACGGCACGCUCGUCUCGCACAACGCCAUCAACCCCGCGCCGAACGACGAGCUGCUGCACGUGCUGCGCGAGCUCUGCCAGGACGAGCGCAACAGCAUCUACAUCGUGUCCGGGCGGCGCCGCGCGCACCUCGCGGCGUGGUUCCAGAAGGUCCCGCGGCUCGGGAUCGCGGCGGAGCACGGCUACUGGCUGCGCGUCGCGGGGCAGCCGGAGUUCGAGUGCCGCGCGCCCGACCUGGACCUGACGUGGCAGGAGGCGGUCGGGCCGAUCAUCCGGUCGUACACCGAGUCCACGGACGGGUCGCACAUGGAGCGCAAGGAGAGCGCGAUCGUGUGGAACUACCGCAACGCGGACCCCGACUUUGGGUCGUGGCAGGCCAAGGAGCUGACCGACCACCUGGAGAGCGUGCUGUCGAACCAGGCGGUGCAGGUCGUGAGCGGGAGCUGCAUCGUCGAGGUGAAGCCCGUGGGGAUGAGCAAGGGGCAGGUCGCGGAGCUGCUGCUCGGCGCCGGGAAGGGCGCGGACUUCGUCAUGUGCUGCGGGGACGACCGGAGCGACGAGGAGAUGUUCUCCGCCAUGGAGCACAUACCGGGCCUGGACGCGGAGAUCAUUGCAUGCACGGUGGGGCAGAAGCCGUCGAAGGCGCCGUACUACGUCGAGGACCCCGCGGAGGUGGUGGACGUGCUGCGCCGCUGCCUGGAGGCGCCGGGGGCGGACGUGCACUGA